GCUUCUGGUCACCGACGCGUGCGGACGCAGGAUGGAAGGCUCUCUCCGAGCUGUGACAGCGGCCGACGCCGGCCGUGGUAACUCGUGCUUCUCCGUACCCAAGGACUACCGUAUUGUUCUGCCUCCUCUGCCCACCGGUGACGGACUGAAAACCACUGUCGUCCUGCACUGCGACAUUGCAGGACGGCCUUACAGGAUCGACGAUUUUCGCAAGCCCUUAAAGGACGCCAACUUAAUACAGCAGGUGAGCGGAAUCGGUGCUUACCAGAUGUCACAUGUCUGGUUGAUAAAUUUCCGGACCGAAGACGCUAAGAAGACGCUACUUCGUGCAGGCCAUAUCACUGUUAAGGAUCGUGUGUGCCUAGUGAUUGAUCCUGAAAAACAGGAGGUGCGCGUGAAGAUUCACUGGCUGGCGUUCAACGUCACAAACGACGCUAUACGCCGCGCCUUCAUGGAAUUCGGAGAAGUCAAGGAAGUGACCAACGACAAGUGGAAGACUGCUGAUUUUGAAUCCGCCGAUUCGACAAGCAGGGUUGUGCGUCUUGUCCUCCGAGAUGGAGUAAGCCUCGAGCGCAUUCCCCAUCAGAUGCGAGUUGGAGGAGGAACGGUGCUGGUUGUUGUUCCGGGUCGUGCGCCCAUAUGCCUGAGAUGCCACACCACAGGACAUAUUCGCCGUGACUGCAGAGUUCCACGCUGCGCGGAAUGCAAGGCCUUCGGCCACGAACAAGCUGACUGCUCAAGAUCCUAUGCUCGCAUCGCUAGUCGCAGCGCCGCUUGCGACAGCGGUGAACUUUUAAUGGACGAGGAAGACGCAGAGCGGGUUGCAGCGUCUGCAGGAACGCAGGCCGGGUCUGACGGCGAAAACGCCGGAGCGUCCUCCGAAGUAGAAAGCAGCGUCCAGGAACAGUCGCUUGCUGUUGAGACCACCGUGGUGGACGAGGCCUCGCGCGGCGCGGGAGACGGUACACAGGCGAACGCUGCGGAAUCCGACAAGAGCGACGCGGGAGACGCGACGCAGGCGGACACUGCGGGGUUCGACAAGAGCGGCGCGUCUCAGGACAACGGGGGAGACGCGGCGUCGACGCAAGCCGUGAAAUGCAGUUCUGCGAACAUGGAUGUGGACGUUCCUGCUAUAAAGCGUCGCCUCGAAGACAGCGUCGAUCCUGUGCGCGAGCAACGACAGCGUCAACAGGCGAAGGAAGGAAACUACGUCACCGGCAAAAAGAAAUGCGUCGCGAACACGCGGCGUUCGUCGUCGCUUCAGCGCGACGACAAAGCCAAGCUAUAGCAACGCCGCUUUGGCGCCACUCUGCAAGACGUCGCAUGGCUAAGGUAAGCACUAUGCUGUCGGCCUGAUCCAUCAACAUUAUAAUGGCUAUCAGCAAUAACAUUCGAGUAGCAACGCUAAAUAUACGCGGGCUUUCCUCCAACAGGAAGCAGAAUCAACUUUACAGAUUGAUAACAGAGCACGAGCUGGAUGUACUUGCCGUGCAGGAAACUAAAAUAGAAUCACAGGAUCAGACAGACAGCAUGGUGCGGAGGUUUACCAGAACUUAUAAUGUUUGUGUAAGCCAUGCAAGAGGUUUGUCGGGAGGAAGUCUCUUGCUAAUACGCCGGUGUUUGGGAGGUAGUGUUGACUCUGUUACAACUGAUGAUGCUGGUCGCCUAAUAGUUUGCGAUUUUACUCUACUUGAUUGCAAAUUGCGGUUUCUGUGCAUUUACGCCCCAUCAAAUUCGAAUGAACGGGAUUUAUUUUUUCGAAGUCUUGAACAACACCUUAAAACAGAUAGAUUUAUAAUAGCACUUGGCGACUUUAACUGCGUACUGUCAGCAAGUGACAAAACCAGUCCUACACCCUACAGAGACAGCAGUACAGACAUUCUUGAUCAAAUCAUUGAAGAACACCUCUUGGAGGAUGUGGGA